AUGCUCGGUAUAUAUACCCCCCCCUCCCACCCCCGUCAUUCCUCCCCCUUCCCCCCCCUCCCCCCCUCCCCCCCUCUCCCCCCCGCCCUCGCCAUCACCGCUCCUGCUCCUCGCAACACCCACACCUUCAAGGAACACGGACCACCUUUUACCCUCUUCAACACACACACAGACUCUACUCCGCCACCAUGUCUUUCUGCCCCGACGUCGACCAGUCGCCCGUCCACGACCCGUCCUCGCCGCGCUGGGAGGUGCGUUGCAGCCGCUCGCCGACGGGCAACUCGCACUACUAUGUCGACCGCUGGACCGGCAAGCACAUCUCGUCCCUCACCGAAAUUCAAGCGGAAGCCCGCACCCCGCCCCCGGCCAGACCCGCUCCGCCUCCGGUCUCCCCACCCCCGCUGAUCGGCAUCACACAGCCGGUAUCGGCUUCGAGUCCCUUCAGCCUCAGGAGGACUAGGACGAGCUCGUUUUAACUGUAUACUAGGUCAUAUGUAUGUGUAAAUUCUGCCCUUGUACUGCUUGUAGUACAUCUGUGUAUCUCUG